AUGCACGUGAAUCUUCCGUUUACUUACACAUUGCUGGUCGCCAGCACCCACGCUUCUCCGACUUCACUUCAGGCACGCCAGUUUGACCCUGCCGAGUUCAUCAGCGAUGUGGGUGACCUGGCUUCCGUGAUCACCGGUGUGACCGAUGGUAUCACAAGCCUCGCCCAGGACCAGCUCACCAUCAUCACUGCCCUUCCAUCUAUCCUUGGUGGGAUCAGCACCAUCUCGGGCCUUCUGGACACCAUCGUCCUGGAGGUGCCCCAACUCAGCACCGCGCUCCCGCCUGAUGUGCAGGAACAGAUAUGCGUCAAUGUGCAGCCGGCCAUCGAAGCUGAAACUGCCCUGGUCAACGCCCUCAAUACAAUCACCGCCAUCGCCCCUUCCGUCACCGGCCCCGUUGAAGACGCCAUGUCCAGUGCACAGGCUGUCUUUGUCGCCAUCGUCAGCGGUGUCGUCCAGCAGCUGCCUACUUGCAGCUAUCUCAUUGACGGAGGCGAGACGAUUACGCGGGCCUGA